UUAAAAUAAAAUUUUUGAAACAAAAAUAUAAUGGCGACAUGGAUAAAACAAAAUUGCAUAUCAUUUUUUCAAUUAUUUUGCAUAAAAGUGAUUAAGAAUGGACGAGUACCACAACAUUUAGCAUUUAUAAUGGAUGGUAACCGUCGUUAUGCAAAAAAGUUAAGUGUGAACUGCAGUGCUGGUCAUGUUAAAGGAUUUGAUAAGCUUUCAGAAACUUUGAAGUGGUGUUUAGACCUUGGUAUUCCUGAAGUGACAGUCUAUGCAUUUAGUAUUGAAAAUUAUAAGAGAAGCACUUCAGAAGUUGAUGCUUUGAUGGACUUAGCUCGUGACAAAUUUAAGAGGUUUUUGGAUGAAAUUGAUCAGAUAAAUGAAUGGGGAGUGAAGUUACAUAUUGCGGGACGUUUGUCUCUUCUGCCUAGUGAUUUGCAAGUAAUUUUGUCUAAGGCAAUGUUGGCCACUAAAAAUAAUAAUAAACUUCGCCUAAAUAUAGCAUAUUCUUAUACAGGUCGUGAUGAAAUAAGUAGAGCUGCUUCACAUAUUGUAGAUAGCGUUCAGAAUAAUGAUCUUUCACCUGAUGAUAUCGACGAAGACCUAAUCACACAAACAUUGGACCUUGGAGCACCUGAACUAUUAGUAAGAACUUCUGGUGAAGUCAGACUUUCUGAUUUCAUGCUAUGGCAGGUAUCUAAUACAGUUCUUUACUUCAGUGAUGUUUUAUGGCCAGAAUUUACAAUAUGGAACCUAUUGGGUGCCAUCAUACAUUUCCAAAGACAUGCACCACCAUUACCAGAAGAAAAAGAAAACAGUCCUGUUCAACAGAAAUUUUUGAAAAAAUUAGAAAAUAAGAAAUGGCAAGAGCUGGAAAAAAUUAUUAGCUUUUAGACUAUAGUUAUUUAUGUUAUAUGAUGGGAAAGAGACUUCAUGUGAAACAUUAGGCAUAAUUGCUGAUGUUGUACAGUAUGCAGA